CAAAACCAAAAACUUUUCCGUCAUUUUGAAUAGGCGGAGCUUGUCGGUAUUUGUGAUUGAGAAGAAUUGGUUUGAUUCUAGAAUUGGCGCGCACAUACGCCCAAUUACGAGUUUUGGUUUUUGGAAGAAAAUUCCUCGUCGAUCGGCCAGUAUCAGUUUGGAAAGGAAGCCAGUACUGUUUGGGUGCAAAUUUCAUCAACAACUUGAUGAUUUGGGUGAUGUUUGAAAUGGCUCAAUCAUUAUGGUCAUCAUUGGAUUUCAAUCAUCAUUGCUGGUUGAUUGUUUUGAUCAUCAUCACCAUCAACGAUAUGAUGGUGAACGCUCGUCAUUUAUCCUCAUCGAUUUCGACCCCAAUCGAUCAACACGAUCAAACCAUGCAAGAAUGUACAUUGGAAAAUUUUCAACAAUGCAUUUCCGGAUUAUGGUCAUCAUCCGGCGGCAAUAAUGGCGAUCUAGCAUUUCCCACUACAGCCCAACAAUUGCAACUAACCUGCACGGAUCUGAAAAAGCGUGUCGGUUGUUUGGAUCGACAUUCAGAACGCUGUUUUACCAAUGAAAUGAUGCAGGUAUUUGGUCAUAUUGUGACCAAUGCUAAACAAUUCGUACAUGAUCUAUGUGAUGAUCGCAAAGUGCAAGCAGAAUACCUGAUACAUGCUAAAUGUUUUCGAAAUAUUUCUCUCGACGAACAUAAAUGUGCCCACGAAUAUCGUGAUGCAAUCGAAUUGCCGCCGUUAUCGUUACAGAAUCCACACCAACAACAACGUCGGGAAAUACAAAUGAAGGAAAUCAUAAUGCGAAGAUCAUGUUGUGCUCUUCAGGAAUUGGUUCUCUGCAAACGACGUCAUGUUCGCGAACAAUGUGGCCAAUCGGCAUCAAUAUUUAUGCGUGAUCAUUUACCACGAAUAACCAAUCCGGUGUUGGAACAACAUUGUCAGGCAUAUACUUAUGGACCGGGCACUUGUGAUGAAGCAUUGUACGGUAUUCGAGGUCGCAUGAUCGACAUGUCAAAUGAUGAUCAUCAGCAUGAUAACCAUCAGGAUCACCAAAAUACAUUUCGAAUCAAUCCAUCAGAAUCAACGGGCAAUACAAUCAUAUUGCAACGACAUCUCAAACUCAAACAACAGAAUCAAAUGAUGAAAACAACUCAAUCAAACCUAGAAUCAUCGUCAGGAACGAUGAUGGCCAACUGGAAUUGGUUGGAAUAUAAUUUAUUUAUCACAUUGAUAGUGUUAAUAUUGAUUGAUCACCUUAACUAACGAUAUUUGUAAUAAUAAAUAGCGCCUAUGAUGACGCCAAUAACCAAUGUAA